AUGUGGUUAACCUUACUAAGUUGUUUGACCCUUGCUGGGGUGGCCUCAUCAAGUAUUUCUGGCCAUAUUGACUGUGUUUGUCUUAAAGCCAACGAUGUCCACGCAAGAACAGGAGCUGGCCUUAGUCACUCCAUUGUGGCUACUUUGAACUCUGACGAAUGCUACAACUUCAAUGGUAAAAUCCUGACAAAGGAUGGGUACCACUGGUACGAACUCGAUAACGUGCACGGCCAUUACAAUGUUUGGGUUGCUGGGACCUACCUCAGGGUAUUUCCCUCGUCCUACUGUAGCGGUAAUAGUACUGGAAGAACUACACGAGAAACGUACGCUACAGGCCUAGUAUCACAACAUUGUCUGGAUUGUAUUUGUCAGCACGAGUCUGGGUGCAGACCUCUAGGAUGUGCUUGGGAUGAGAACUCGGACUCAUGCGGCUAUUUCCAGCUCAAGGACGUCUACUGGCAGGACUGUGGGAAACCAGGGGGAUCUCUUGCUGGCUGCGCUGCUGACCUGAACUGUUCAUCAACGUGUGUCCAGAAGUACAUGACACGAUAUAUAAGAUAUUCCGGAUGUGCCCAUAACUGUGAGAGUUAUGCUCGGAUCCAUAAUGGCGGACCACGAGGAUGUAAACAUAGCAACACUCUUCGCUACUGGAGUGAUGUGGAAAAGUUGGGAUGUUCUGCCGAUAGCUAA